AUGGCGGAUCAGUUCAAGGCUCGGACGUUGAAACGAAAGAACGUCAAAGGCCUUGCCCUCAAUGCGGCCCCCAAAGCGUCUGCCAACCCUUCCGAUGGCGAUGCUCAGGUCCCAGGCGCCAUUGGAAAUGUCGACGGCAACCGCACCGAUACCUUGGAGAUUGGGCUGGAAUUCCGGUUGGAUCUGCGGAGUGAGGACCUGGUGACACUGAAGGAGCUCGGCGCUGGUAAUGGCGGCACAGUUUCCAAAGUGAUGCACGCAUCGACAAAAGUUGUGAUGGCUCGAAAGGUCAUCCGCGUCGACGCCAAAGAGAACGUGCGGAAACAGAUCCUACGAGAGCUCCGAGUAGGACACGAAUGCAAUUCGCCAAAUAUUGUCACAUUCUACGGUGCCUUUCAGAACGAGGCUGGAGACAUUGUCUUGUGCAUGGAAUACAUGGAUUGCGGAUCUCUGGAUCGCAUAUCCAAGGACUUUGGCCCCAUCCGAGUGGACGUCUUAGGAAAGAUCACCGAGUCGGUGCUUGCUGGUCUUUGCUACCUCUAUGAAACCCAUCGCAUUAUGCACCGCGAUAUCAAGCCGUCAAACGUCGUGGUCAACUCGCGCGGUCAAAUCAAACUUUGCGAUUUCGGUGUCGCAAGCGAGACGGUCAACUCCAUCGCUGAUACCUUUGUCGGUACCUCCACAUACAUGGCCCCUGAGCGAAUCCAGGGAGGUGCCUAUACGGUCCGUUCGGAUGUGUGGAGUGUGGGUUUGACGGUUAUGGAGUUGGCUGUGGGACGGUUCCCAUUCGACACUUCCGACUCUGCUGCAGGAGACCGGGCUAGUGCUGGUCCUAUGGGAAUUUUGGAUCUUCUUCAGCAGAUCGUCCACGAAUCCGCUCCCAAGCUGCCUAAGAGCGACGCUUUCCCGCCUAUUCUACAUGACUUUGUCGGCAAAUGUCUGCUCAAGAAGCCCGAGGAACGGCCGACACCACGGGAGCUCUACGACAAGGAUGCGUUCUUGCAAGCAGCCAAACGCACACCCGUGGACCUGCAAGAAUGGGCCAUCAGCAUGAUGGAGCGACAUAACCGCAAGUCCUACCUGGCACCUCCAGCUCCCAAACACCACCAAUUCAGUAUCAAAUUCCUCAUCACCAGCGCCUAUGGCGGCACCUCCUGCACCGGCCCCCAAACCCGCACCGAUCAGCAAAUCUUCGCGCACCCCGCAAGCGCAAUCGCCAUACCAUCCCUCCUCUGGCGAAAUCCCACUGAAUAUCGCCAACGACUUCCCUACGCCAAACCGCCACUACGGCUCCCAGCCUCAGGCUCACUACUAUUACUCCAAUUCCAACUCCCGCUCCACGCAGUCCCUCCACCACCAUCUCUGGAGCACCUCUCCCUCGAAACCAAGGACGACGAGUCCCGAUACGGCCGUCGCCCAAUGCGCCAUCUUGGCGAUCCCGUUUCCGCCAUCGAGGCUCCAUCGCGUCCAUUCAUGAGUCCGCGCUCCGUGAGCUCGCACAAUACCAAGUCUCGCACUAACCUGACCUCAACUACCUUGCCUAUCCGAGCCGCGCCUCCACCUUCACACGCCCCUCCCCCUCCCCCUCUCAAGCCCCUCCCCCUCCACCUGUACCUGCUGGUGGAAGCUGGCGCAGCUACCCCGGUCAAACGCCUUCGUCUUGAGACGGGACCGAAGUCAACCUCAACAUGA